AUGUCUUCCUCACGUAAAAUACGAGUUGGUCUAGUUGGUUUCGGUGUAUCCGGCCGAGUAUUUCAUGCACCAUUUCUACAUACAAUGUCACAUAUGUAUGAAUUGCGAAGUGUAGUAGAACGUCAUACAAAUGAAGCAAUAAAAAUUUAUCCAAAUAUAAAAACCGUUCGUUCAACAACCGAAUUAUUUAAUGAUCCGGAUAUUGAUCUUGUUAUAAUAACAACAUCAAAUGAUUUACAUUAUUCAUUAAGUAAAGAAGCAUUAGAAAAAGGUAAACAUGUUGUUGUUGAAAAACCAAUGACAAUUCGAAGUGAUGAAAUACUUGAUUGUGAAAUACAUUUUGAUCGUUAUCGACCUGAAUUAAAAGGUGAUAACGCAUGGCGUGAACGAGAUGAAGCAGGUGCUGGCAUUUUUUAUGAUUUAGGUUCACAUUUAAUUGAUCAAACAUUAAGUUUAUUUGGACAUCCACAAACAAUUACAGCUGAUAUUCGUAUACAACGACCAGUUGCACAUGUUAAUGAUUAUUUUGAUGUUCGGCUUGAUUACGGUCAUUUACGUGUAACACUUAAAUCUAGUAUGCUUGUUCGAGAAAUGGGUCCACGAUAUGUUUUACAUGGUACAAAAGGUUCAUUUAUAAAACAUGGUGAUGAUAUACAAGAAGGUGUACUUCGAACUGGUGUUAUGCCACCAAUAUUAAAUGAAAAUAAUGAUUGGGCCCCUUAUGGUCUUCUUCAUACAGAAACAAAAGAUGGUCGAAUAAUAAAAGAAAAAUAUGAAACAUUAAAUGGUAAUUAUGGACUUUUUUAUGAGCAAUUAUACAAUAGUAUUGUUCAUGGAAAACAAUUAGAAAUUCGACCGGAAGAUGGUUAUAAUGUUAUUCGUAUUAUUGAACUUGGUUUUCAAAGUAGUCAAGAGAAAAAAACAUUGCAAUGUGAUCAACUUUUAUAA